UUUCCCCGCGUCUUAGUUGUGUGGAGAUCCGCGGCUGCAGAGAGCAGCAGCACCGUGAGCCCCCGACACUGAUACUCGCUCUGCGCGCUCCUGCCUUUGGAUCUAUCAAUUACAAUUUGCCAACGACCAGUUUUACCUGCUUUAGGGAAAAUGGAAAAGAAAAGCGGCUUUACAACGACCUGCCCGUAACAGACUCUGCUAAAUAACUGCAUUAUUCAUUUUUACGCACCGGUUGUGCAGUCUCUCUCUCUCUCUCUCUCUCUCUCUCUCUCUCUCUCUCUCUCUCUCUCUCUCUCUCUCUCUCUCUCUCUCUCUCUCUCUCUCUCUCUCUCUCUCUCUCUCUCUAUUUCUCUCCCCCACUCAGCCCCCUCUCUCCCUCUCCUUCUCUCUCUCCUGUUGUGCUCGCAGUUUCCGCCUUUUUUUCUGCGACAAGAAAAAUUGCUUCUGCUCCUCCAAAAAGCCUGUUCGAAUUUUUGCAAUCCAUUCGUUGGCUCCCUCAACCAGUUACAGGAUGGAGAACGGGGUCUCCACCGUCAUCGGACCGGUACCUCUGCUCUCCAUCCACUGAGGAAACCCACCGCACCGGUAGAUCACUAUCUGCUGCUGAGGCGAGAUGCUUGGACUUGUAUCGGGAAAACAGAAUCCCAUGGCAAUGUGAUGAAGAGCUAUGCUGCUUUAUCCGUGAACACUUGCGUCGUUGCACAACUUCAGCCGAGACCUCAAGGCGAGGCGAGCUCCAUGCGUCGUGUUCUGGAAAGCCAGAAUCUCUUCACUGGAUCAUCGUGGGUUAGUUGAACCACGUUCAGAUCACGCAAGUUGAAGAUCUUUUUUUUUCGAUCCCUCUCUCUCAUUCUGGUUUAUUUCCCCCCAUCCCACCGACCCCUGAAACCUCAUCCAGAAUGACGGACUUAUUUCAUUUGACCACCGAUUGCCUUUACGCGUUUUUGAAGCUUUGGAAUCAUUGGACUCACUGCCAAGAUCAGUAGCAGCAGAGUCCGGAUCGCUCUUCGUCUUCUCUACCCCCCCCCCCCCCCCCCCCCCCCCCCCCCCCUCCGACCCCCUUCGCUCUCUGUCUUCUCUCUCUAUCUAUCUCCCUCUCACUUCUCCCUCUCUCUCUAUUUGUCUCUAUCCGUUCCAGUAACCGAGUGAAUGCUCUCCCAUGGAGGUAGUACAACAACCUUGGGGACUGUACAACGAGAAGGGUAAUUUCUCCAAACAAGAAGAGCCUGUCAGCGGGCGACGCAUCGGGUGAAACCGGAGCCCCGCGCGCUGGGCUGCAUAGAGAAGGAAGUCUCCUCUGUAGCCUCGAUGCACCCUUGUUGCACCCUUAACUGCCGGUAGAUCGUUUCAAUUGGGGACACAUAUCUGCACCAAUCUCCUCCAUGGCUUGUCACGGCUGCCCCGUGUCUCUCCGAGCCACAAGCAUUACGGUCUACGCUUUGGGUUACUAAAUGGUUUUCUGGGGGAGGAAUUCUAACCGGCGAGAUGCUGCUUGUACUUCUGCUGGUGGCCUGUUCUUCGUCCAUCUCCGGCUCCCUGGCCUCCUCCGUCUCCUCCCCCACCUCCUUGGACGGAUAUCCAAUGGCGGACCCGUCCUCCUCGGACCUGAUGGUGGAGACCUGCAGCGUGUGCUCCUGCAUGUCCGUGGAGAAUGUGCUGUACGUCAACUGUGACAAGAUCACCGUCUACCGGCCGACGCAGCUGAUCCCGCCCAUCUCGUCCCUCUACCACCUCAACUUUCAGAACAACGUCCUGAUCAUUCUGUACCCCAACUCCUUCCUCAACUUCACCCACGCCGUCUCGCUGCAGCUGGGCAACAACAAGCUGCAGAACAUCGAGGGCGGUGCUUUCGCGGGGUUGAGCGCGCUGAAGCAGCUCCACCUCAACAACAAUGAGCUGAAGGUGCUCAGAGCGGACACCUUCCAGGGCAUCGAGAGCCUGGAGUACCUGCAGGCCGACUACAACCUGAUCAAGUACAUUGAAAAGGGGGCCUUUAACAAGCUGCACAGGCUCAAAGUGGUCAUCCUGAAUGACAACCUCAUACAGUUACUUCCAGACAACAUAUUCCGCUUUGCGUCGCUCACUCACCUGGAUAUAAGGGGGAACCGGAUCCAGAAACUCCCGUAUCUGGGCGUUCUGGAGCACAUCGGUCGCAUCGUGGAGCUGCAGCUGGAUGACAACCCCUGGAACUGUACGUGUGACUUGGCGCCGCUCAAGGCAUGGCUGGAAAACAUGCCCUAUAACAUUUUUAUUGGCGAGGCGAUCUGUGAAACACCUAGUGACCUGUACGGGAGACUGCUGAAGGAAACCAACAAGCAGGAGCUCUGUCCCCUGGGGACCGGUAGUGACUUUGACGUCCGGAUGCCCCCGGUGCCGCCCGAACACGGCCAGUCACCUUCGAACAUGUCCCCUACCACUGUGGCCACCCUCAUCACAAAAGCGCCAAAGUCCACUGACCCGUCUAAGAUGUACGGCAAUGGCAUUGUCGCCGGUUUGCCUCCCUUUGGUAGAACCGGCCAGAUUGUUUCUUACCAGACGCGGACUCCCCCACUAUCAUGUCCUCAGCCCUGCACUUGUAAGGCCCAUCCCUCCGAUUUUGGUAUCAGUGUCAGUUGCCAGGAGAGGAACGUCAACAAUCUAUCGGAUCUCAUCCCCAAACCCCCCAAUGCCAAGAAGCUCCACCUGAGCGGAAAUUACAUUCGCGACAUCAGUCCCGUGGAUUUCCAAGGCUUCGAGGGCUUGGAUCUGUUGCACCUGGGCAGCAAUCAAAUCGCUACCGUCCAGAAAGGUGUGUUUGCUAACCUGACUAAUCUGAGAAGGCUGUAUUUAAAUGGAAACCAGCUUGAACAGUUACACCCAGAGAUGUUUUUGGGUCUCACAAAUUUGCAGUAUCUAUAUCUGGAAUACAAUGUCAUUAAGGAAAUCCUGGCGGGAACAUUUGAUUCCAUGCCGAACUUGCAACUGCUUUAUCUAAACAACAAUGUGCUCCGGAGUCUGCCUGCCUACAUAUUCGCCGGUGUCUCAUUGGCCCGACUGAAUCUGAAAAACAACCACUUCAUGACACUGCCAGUGAGCGGUGUCUUGGACCAGCUGCGGUCAUUGACCCAGAUCGACCUUGAAGGGAAUCCGUGGGAGUGUUCUUGCGAUCUGGUUGCCCUCAAAAUCUGGCUGGAGAAGUUGAGCGAUGGCGUGGCUGCCAAGGAAGUGAAAUGUGCCUCCCCUGUGCAGUUCGCCAACAUUGAGUUGCGCCUCCUGAAAAACGAGAUCCUCUGCCCGAAGCUCAUCGCCAGGCCUCCCGUCAUCUUCACCAGCUCCACCCCUCUUUUAACGUCCCUCUCCCCAGCCGGGGUGGGUAAAGCCCCGCCCGGGGGCCCAGUCCCGCUCUCCAUCAUGAUCCUCAGCAUCCUCGUCGUCCUCAUCCUCACCGUGUUCGUGGCCUUCUGCCUGCUGGUGUUUGUCCUUCGGCGGAACAAGAAGCCCGCUGGGAGGCAGGAGGGGCUCGGGGGGCCCGAGUGUGGAUCCAUGUCGCUGCAGCUGAGACGGCACAGCCACAAGUCGGGCAAAAAGGGCUGCGUCCCUGGCGACGACCUGGGCGGAGAGACGUUCAUCCCUCAGACCAUCGAGCACAUCGGUAAGAGCCACACCUGCGGGAUCGGACGCUCUUCGGACAUGGACGCCGGCUUCAAGUUCGCCGACUCUCAGCGGCAGAAGAUUAUCCUGCGCAACUGUGCCGACAAGGAUAAGGACUCGCUGUCCACACUGGAGCGCAACAAGCGCCUCAGCACAAUCGACGAGCUAGAGGAGUUCCUCCCCGGACGGGAAUCCAACAUGUUCCUCCAGAACUUCCUGGACAGCAAACGAGAUUUCAACAGCAUAGGGAUGGGCGGGUUUGAAAUCCGCUACCCAGAGAAACCUGAUAAAAAGAUGAAGAAGUCGUCCCUGAUAGGAGGGAACCACAGUAAGAUCGUGGUGGAGCAGAGGAAAAGUGAGUAUUAUGAGCUGAAAGCCAAGCUCCAAGGAACACCUGACUACCUGCAGGUGCUGGAGGAGCAGACUGCACUUAGUAAAAUGUAGGGAUGGUUGUUUGCUUGAUUCAGUGCAUUUUUGUGAUCAAACAAACAUGUGCACAGACAAAGACACUAACACUAACACGCACACAAACCCACAGAUACAGAUAAUUAUCUUUGCAACCAUAUAGCCAGAUUGAGAGUCCCACCCCCACUUACACAAACACACACACACACACACACACACACACACACACACACACACACACACACACACACACACACACACACACACACACAGACACACAAACAAAGUGCCUUCUGAGAAUCCUUAAUGACCAAUGCAGAAACGGACAAAAUGGCUCCACACUACAAGGCUAUCACUAGCAUUCAGCGCGGAUGUAUUUCACAGUAUAAGACAUUUGGAUUAUCCAUGCCAUUGUUAGUAUGUGUACGAAUUCCACACAAUUGAUCGCAGGACACCCAUAAAAGCAUAAAAAGGCAUUGUAUUUUUGCUGCUAUUGAAAUGGGUACUUUUUAAUUUUUUUGGUUUUCUUUUUUUCUCCUUUUUUUCCAACCAAAUUGAAGGGUCUUGAAAACAGUGCUUCAGAGCAACAUCUUGAACCCUGAUAAAAAAAAAAGGAACGGGGUAAUUAAUUUCCCCCGUGGUGGGAAUCGUGAUUUCAGAGAGUGGAGAAUUGUUGACUCGGUGGAUACCCUUUUGUUCUUAAUUUGCAGGGGACAAUGAUUCAUAAGGGGGGAGGGGGAAUCUAUCAUUCUCUUCGGAGUUGCCUGAAGACCCUACGCCAUCUUGCCUGGAUAAUGUGUAUGUGCUCUGUUCUAUGGGGUGUACAGGAAGACUACACUAAGGGGUCUGGGAUGAAGGCACUUGGAGAAACUCUGGAAUGAUCUCUCAACUCGUUCUCAUUGUGUAAAGAGCCAUGUUUAAUAACGUCUCUUCUGAAUGGAGUUGUGUUUCUCUGCAAUUGCUACUUACUUGUCUGUUUUGGGUGGAAUAAUAAUGACACUUACACUGUCAGAGGACAUUGUUUCUGAAAAAAACGGAAAAACAAAAACCCAAGAAAAAAAAGAGCUGCUUGCCAUGUAAGCGUAAUAUGGAAUUUAUUUUGUAAGUCUUACAUUAUUUGUAUAAGUGGGACUGGUUUGUAAAAUACGAGGAAUGACAAAAAAUAUCACACUCAAAUGCAAGUGUUCAUCUUUCAGAGACUUAAACCCAGAUUUAGCGGUCAAAAAGGCCAAUAUGACUAAAUCUGCGACACAACCCCUCCCCCAUCAGCUAUCAAUUCGUAGUAAAGUAAAGAAUUAAACCACAUAAUUAAUUUAUUUUUCUAUGCGGGAUUAUUUAAAGAGUUAUUGGUACUAUUUAAACAAACAGAAGAAAUAGUAAAAAUAUAAGGUUGAAAAGGACUUCAUAGCGAGGCGGCAUCUCAAGCUAAUUAAGGCCCAAGUGUGCUCGCUACACCCAAAGGAACUGCUCUGUUACUUCAAGGUUGUGUUUCUGUUCUGUUUUAUUUAGUUCUCUCUAAGUUUGUAGAAGAAUUGCCCCUUUGCGAUGGACAGGAGUGAGAUAAUGGUCAUCUCUCACAUGGUCACGGCAGAGGGUCGGGUGGCCAGCCAUGUUUGUGAAGUUCAAGGUAGUUCUCUUCUAUUCUUAUAUCUCCUGCAGUAUCUUGUAAAAGGUUUCUUAUUAAACAUUAUGCAACCAAAAUAAAUGUGUAUUAAACUUGAUAUAGUUCUGGGUUGUUGACAUGAAUGGAUACAAUUGCAGAAUAUGUCAGAGAAUGAAGGAUCAAAAGAGAUCAAACGUUUUUCAAAAAAAGAUGUGUGUCUAUUAAAUUGUUUUAAAUUGGGAAGAUUUGGACGAAAUCAUCAUUAAAACCAUGUGCAAUAUUAGUAAAAAAAUAAAUAUCAUGAUGGCUUAAAAUAAUUUUAUUUUUUAAUUUAGUUUCAAGUUAUAUUGUCAAGUCAAGUUCUAUUUCAGAGGUUAUUUUAUCAACAAUAUCUGGUCCUUAUUAAAGGUAUUUGUUAAGUUAAAAUUAUGAGUGUUUAUCGACAUUACAAUGAAUAGAAUGUAUCUUGGAAAGUAUAAUAAAUACAAUUUUCUAUUGGACAUACAACUCCUGUAUAUUGGUUAAUUUUCUCUUGUAUAAUCAUGUUGACAUCAAGGUAUUAAAAUCAGCACCUAUUUGCAA